GAGAAGCCCGCCAUUAAUUCAACCCCACCUUGGAACUUCUUAUUAUUUCUUCACAAGCACAAGCUUUCCUUUUCCCUCCUCAUUCCCAUUUUCAAAGAUACCCCCAGAAUUCAGAUUCCUUCUAUCCAUUCUCUUCUCUCAUUCAUUCAAACCGGGAAAAAUGGGUUUCACUGAUCUGCUCACUGAUGCUGGUUCGGCCGUGCUUAACAGCUGGUUGACCACCCGAUCAUACGUUACUGGUUACUCUCCUUCCCAGGCCGAUGUUGCCGUCUUCAAGGCCCUCAAGUCCGCCCCCGAAUCCGCGAAGUACCCCCACGCCGCGAGAUGGUACAAGCACAUCGCUUCUUUCGAGGACGAGUUCCCUACCCUCCCCGGUGAUGCCUCCAAGCCCUACACCGUCUACGGACCCGAUGAGGCUGCCGUCACCCUAAACCCCGCCAAGGCUCCCGAUGCUGCGGAGGACGAUGAUGUCGACCUAUUCGGUAGUGAUGAUGAGGAGGAAGAUGCUGAGGCUGUCCGUGUCCGCGAGGAGAGACUAGCCGCUUACAAGGCAAAGAAGGAGGCCAAGCCCAAGACCAUUGCCAAGUCUAUGAUCACCUUAGAUGUCAAGCCCUGGGAUGACGAGACCGAUCUGGUCGCUCUUGAGGCCGCUGUCCGAGGAAUCGAGAAGGAUGGUCUAGUCUGGGGUGCCUCCAAGUUAGUCCCCGUCGGUUUCGGUAUCAAGAAGCUACAGAUCAACUUGGUCGUUGAGGAUGAGAAGGUUUCCCUCGCCGACCUACAGGAAGAGAUCGAAGGUUUCGAGGACUACGUCCAGUCUUCGGAUGUUGUUGCCAUGAUGAAGUUGUAAACGGCAUCCACCAAGGCUCUGCUGGAAGACAAGGUCACUAUACCAACACUCAAUGCAUGAUACACGACUACUAGAAAAACCACAAAGCAUGGUUGAUGACUCUGAUGAGGUUGGUUGGGUGAUAUGACAGGGAUAGUUGCUCUUACAGGUCAAAUAUAGAGACCUUAAGGUUACCUAUGGUAGAUGCAUAAAACGCUAAUACAAAAUUUGUCCCAAAUUAC